UCCCCGCAGCUGGCCGACAGCGAGUUCUCCCCCGUCUUCCGCCUCCUGACCAUCUUCGCCUACGGCACCUACGCGGACUACCUGGCUGAAGCAGCAAACCUCCCUCCCUUGACGGAGGCUCAGAAGAACAAACUGAGGCACCUGUCGGUCGUCACUCUGGCUGCCAAGAUCAAGUGCAUCCCCUAUUCAGUGCUGCUGGAGCAGUUGCAGCUGAAGAACGUCAGGCAACUGGAGGACCUCGUGAUUGAGGCUGUGUACGCGGAUGUGCUGCGAGGGAGCUUGGAUCAGCGGAACCAGCGCCUGGAGGUGGAUUACAGCAUUGGGAGGGACAUCCGGAGGGAGGAGCUAAGCACCAUCACCCGCACAUUGCAGGAGUGGUGCCAGGGCUGUGAGGUUGUCCUGUCGGGCAUCGAAGAGCAGGUUAGCCGAGCCAACCAACACAAAGAGCAACAGCUGGCGCUUAAACAGCAGAUAGAGAGUGAGGUAGCAAAUCUGAAAAAGACCAUAAAAGUGACAACAGCUGCCGCUGCAGCAGCCACAUCCCAAGACCCGGAACAGCACCUAACAGAGCUCAGGGAGCCAGCUCCUGGCACCAACCAGCGCCAGGCGAGCAAGAAAACUUCCAAAGCCAAAGGGCUCCGGGGCAGUGCGAAGAUUUGGUCUAAAUCAAACUAGUUGGAUCUUCCUUCGCAACUGGGAGGGUGAGAGGAAGAGAUCUGGGCGAUAGAGGAGGGUAGCAAGGGGUCCCAAGUAGGAUGCUUCUGAGCUCUUCACCGAGAUCCAUCUUGCCAACUAAUUCUCCUGCAUGUUUGUUCUCUUUCCCCAUCUCCUUUACCGACUCCCCAGGCAAUGCCUCCCUCCUUUUCAUCACGGCGUUUCCCACUCUCAGCUUCCAGUUGUGCGCGUUCCUGCUUCCCCCCCCCCCCUCCACCCCCAAGCCCCCGUCGCCACGGCCGUGUGUUUCUCUCCCUCUCUCUCCCUGUCUUUUUGAGAGGUCAAUAUAAAGAGCCAUAAAACUGGGUCAGUCACCUUUGCCACCCGCAGGGCAUCACGGAAGCUUGGAAAGGGCACGCUGGUGCUCGGCAAUCCUUCCGGCUCUAUGA